AUAUAAAUAUAAAUUUCUAUAUCUAUAUAUCUCACAAAUCCAUUUUCCCGUUUUAACAGCAGGCAGCAAUGGCCCCUGAGAAUUUCAUUUCCAAUUCUAAUGGUAACAUAUCUAAUUUCUCAUGGGAGAAUGGCCCUUCUGAUUCACUUUCUCUUGUAAACUCCGAGAAGGCAGUAAAGGAAGUUAUCGAACAGCCUCUUGUUGAGGGGAUCGAUGAUCAUCUUGUGGAAUUUUCAGAGGCCAUGAGAACUGUUGGUAAGGCUUUAAGACGAGCAGCAGAGGGGAAAGCCUCUGCUCAAGCUGAGGCAGCAGAGUGGAAACGUAAAUAUGAAUUGGAGAGACAACGCAAUUUACAGUUGGAAAGUAAAGUUUUGAUAGCUGUAGAGCCUAACAGUAAUUGUACCGAGAAGAAAGUUGAAGCAUCGUCACAACAACUAAAAAUUAUGUCUCAAACUGAUGAACAGUCACAAAUGUAUCGUGGAAAGAACGGAAUCUACUCUCACGAGGUUCUUUGGGACCCAGAGUGCAACUCAUUUUCCAAUGCUCAUAGCAAGCUUAUUCGGAAGGCAUCGUUCAAACUACAUUGGUGUUGUAAAGGGGAAAAGAACGAUCAACAUAAACAUGAAAUAGUCUCCUUUGAAAAGGGAAAUAUAUCAACAGCAGAACGUAGCAGUAAACAGAUUUGUUUGAAAUGGGAAUCUCCUCCACAGACUGUUCUAAUUAUAACAAAACCAAAUUCGUCUUCUGUUAAAGUUAUUUGUGCAGAAAUGGUCAGGUGGUUGAAGGAGAAGAAGUUAAAUAUUUUCGUGGAACCUCGAGUAAGAGCAGAACUUGUAACAGAGUCCUCAUACUACAACUUUGUGCAGACUUGGAACGAUGACAAUGGCAUUUUGCUUCUACAUGAGAAAGUUGAUGUUGUUGUAACUCUUGGUGGGGAUGGAACUGUGCUUUGGGCCGCAUCAAUGUUUAAGGGCCCUGUUCCUCCAAUUGUGCCAUUCUCUUUGGGUUCACUGGGUUUUAUGACUCCGUUUCAUAGCGAACAGUACAGAGAAUGUCUCAAGUCAAUCCUACACGGCCCUAUCAGUAUCACGCUUCGACAUCGCUUGCAGUGCCAUGUCAUCCGUGAAGCAGCUAAAACUGAAUACGAGACUGAAGAGCCAAUACUCGUGUUGAACGAGGUUACAAUUGAUCGUGGAAUUUCAUCCUUCCUUACAAAUCUGGAAUGUUACUGUGAUAACUCAUUCGUCACUUGCGUGCAAGGAGAUGGCUUGAUCUUAUCAACAACUUCCGGGAGCACCGCAUACUCUCUUGCAGCUGGAGGUUCAAUGGUCCAUCCACAGGUUCCUGGCAUCUUAUUUACCCCAAUAUGUCCACACUCGUUAUCUUUCCGACCUCUAAUAUUGCCAGAGUACGUAACACUUAGAAUCCAAGUGCCCUUCAAUAGCCGAGGUCAUGCAUGGGCGUCUUUUGAUGGGAAAGAUAGGAAAGAGUUGGGUCCAGGGGAUGCACUCGUGUGUAGCAUGUCUAAAUGGCCCGUGCCCACAGCUUGUCAAGGUGAUUCGACCAACGACUUUUUGCAUAGCAUCCAUGAUGGUCUGCAUUGGAACUUGAGAAAGACUCAAUCUUUUGACGGGCCACGAGAAUCUUAAUUAACUAUUGGGAGCUAGUGUUGUAUGGGGUGAAAUAUAUGCUUGUAGUAUUGUAGUUUAACCUGUAAUUUAAUUUUACGAGGUCAAUGGUAAAGGUGAUAGCGUUAUAUUUUUUUAGCCAGCGGUUGGUUACCCAUUUCAGAAAAACAGUUGGAAUAAUACACAGUUCUUACGUUACCCUUAA